AUGAAUCUCUUAAGAUUGAAUAAGGUGGGAAUUGCUGCCAUUUUAGAAAAUAAAUUGAAAGGGGAGAAAGUAGGGGAAAUGGUGGAGAGAUUUUGUUGUGGUUGGGACUUUCAUAAUAGUUUAAUCACAGAAGGGCUUAUUGGUUCUUUGGAGGAAGGACUUUGUGAAGAGGAAAGGGCUGGCUUAUGGAAUGGGCUUGCUGGUGUAAAUUUUCCAGUUAAGCCUUGGAUUCUAGCUCAAAGUUGGAUUGCUCCUCUUAAGAGUUCAAGAUCCAAAUAUACUUGGUCUAAUAAUCAAGAUGGAGGUGAUCGAGUUUAUUCUAAAAUCGAUCAUGUCUUCGUCAAUGAGGACUGGAUCGAUUCCUUUCCUAACACUGAAGCUGAUUUCCAAUGGGAGGUGAUCUCGGAUCACUGCUUUUGCCUUGUGAAGUCUCAUCAGCUGGGAAAUCUAGGAAGGAAACCUUUUAGGUUUUUCAAUAUGUGGACUCACCAUAGCAAAUUUGAGGAAACUGUUUUGUAG